GCUCCCGGCCAUUUGCAUCAUCUCCAGGUCAUGAAUCUGCAGACGGCUUGUUGCGCGAGGAUAUUCUUUUGCACUAUAAAGACGUAUGGACGAGCCUGAUGAACACGCACCAGCCGCGCGCGGCGUCGUACAGCUCCCGGCGGGGUCCACUUGUGUAGCGGACGCGGACGAGGAGGUCUUCCUCCUCUACACCGGUCUCGCCGCGCGCACCGCCGCGGACGGGUCCUCCGGGUUUCGCGGGCUCGGGCAUAUCGACUCCCACGAAGAUACGCUCACGGUCACCUUGAAUCUGGGGGUCCCUGAGAAUGCAGAUGCGCCCGAAGAUACGGCCAGGGCGGGAAAGCGGAAGGCGCGGGGGUCGCAGACCAAGAAAGCGCGAAGCAAGAAAGACGCGGCGGAACGUACGAUCGAGGUCGAGAUCGUGCAGGACAAAACCGCCUUGAGGAGUCGCAAAGGCGAUACUGGGAGUGUCUUAUGGCACGCAAGUGUGGAUUUCGCACAGACGGUUCUGCGACAGCUCUACAACAGCGAUACCGAAUCUCUGUUCGUACCCGAACUGCUCAAGCAAGCGCAUGUCGUGGAGUUAGGGGCCGGCACAGGCCUCCUCGCAGUGGUGUUGUCUCCAUUCACACAUCACUACACCGUCACCGACAUCGAUGCUCUGGUGCCGCUUAUCCGGAAGAACAUCGCACGAAACCUCCCGCACCCACCGACAUCUCCCUGGUCGAAGGGAGCACGCUUACCACCCAGCGCCACCGAGCCCAACGUGACUGCGGCCGCUCUGGACUGGGUAGAGAUACGCAACGCGACACCCGCCCUGAGACAAAAGCUCGCGCCGGACGAAGCAGCAGACCUCGUCCUCGUGGUCGACUGCAUCUACCACCCGUCGCUCAUACCACCCUUGCUGUCUACGAUCGACCACCUCGCGGUGCCCGGGAAGACCGGAGUGCUAGUGGUGGUGGAGCUACGCGCGGAAGAUGUGGUGAGAGAGUUCUUACAAGGUUGGCUGUCACUAUCGCCGGCAGGCGAGUGGGAGAUAUGGAGCAUCGGCGGACUUGUGGACGGCCCAUACGCUGUCUGGGUGGGGUGGAGAUGCGCCAGCUCCGGAACCUAGAUAGGAUAUGCGCGACAUGCCCGAAUAUUACAUCUUCGUGAUCGGGGACUUCAAGCGGGAAGACAGCGUGAGCGGGCGGGCCGUGCACAGAUGAUACGGGGUCGAGAAAGCAAGAUGCACAGGGUACUAUCGCUUGCCCUUGGCAGGGCCCUUCCGUCUGGAAGCCUUCCCACCUGCUAGUUCCGCCUUUUCUGUCCUCCGCUUGCGCUCCUUCAUGCGGUCGGAUUUCCGUGCCGCUAUCGUCUGGUACUUGAUAUCCUUGGGUUUGGACUUCGUUUUCGGUUUUGCCUUGUAGUUCUCUGGCCGCGCUUUCGACUUCGGCGCUGCAGCAGGUCGUGGUUUUGAUCGAGGUAGCGCGACCGGUGCUUCAGGAACGCCGUCCGAAGCAGCGUUGGCGUCUGGUGUGGGUUUCUCACCGUGGAUGAGGCUGUCGGGAUCAAACUCUUCGACCACGGUGACUGUCGCCAGCUGCUCUUCGUCCUCGUAUUCUUCUAGCUCCUCCGACGCCUUUCUCUUCCCUUUUGACGUGCUGGCGUCGGCUAUGCCGUCCCAGUCACUAUCGCUCUCGUCCUCAACGAUGCCGCCAUAAGCUCGCUCCGUCUCCUCCGCGUUCUUAAUAGCACGUUCGGCAAGAUUCCGGCGGUGCUCCCGCCGAGCCUCUAGCCGUUCCUGCUUCUCGCGCUCUAUCGCCUUGGCCUUCGCGUCCUCCUUCUUUUGGAGUUUCCGCUUGUGGAAGCCGGUCAAGAAUUCCCUGCGCGCGGUAUCAUCGAACACGACCUCCUUAAUCUGCUCUCUUUUCGCCCUUUUCUUGGCCGCAAUGAUGGUGUGGGACUUCGUGAGCGUGGUCAGAUUAGAGGGAGCCAUGUGAGCGUAGCAGGCACUCGAGUGAAGACUGAGUGCAGAUGGUGG